UCAGGACUCCAUACCUGGGUCUGUUCUGGUUCUACAGUGGUGGAAGGCAGCUUGUGUUGGUUCUCUGUGGGUAGUGGCGGUGUUUCUGGAUGGAGACUGGUACGUCUGCUGUCAAAGUUAUGAGACUGAUCAUCAGGAGUUAGCCUGUAAGGACAAAGCCAACAUCACAGCUGAAGAACAAAGAAUCAGAAACCAGCUGGUGGAAAAAUCCAUGAUCUGGGGUUUGCCUAUGCUCCUGAUUGUUGUUCUUCUGGCAGCAGCGUUAUCAUCAAUACAUGCUCGCUGCAAGAAGAAGACACUUCUUUAUCAGAUCGUCGUGGAAGAAGGGGAGAAUUCGAUGACAACAAAACUGAGAGAAGCAGUAAAAGACAAGGUGACGCAGAAACUCAACGAGAAAGACAAAACCAUAGGAAAGUACUUGUGCGUCAUUGAUGAUGUGAGUAACGAAAUGUUCUCUGAACAACCAGCCCCUCCCUCCGGUCAGAACUCGACCCAGAUCUCGAUCCUGAACUCUGACGAGAACUCUAAUGAGAACUCCAACCAGAACUCUAAUGAGAACUCCAACCAGAACUCUAAUGAGAACUCUAACCAGAACUCUAAUGAGAACUCUCACCAGAACUCUAAUGAGAACUCCAACCAGAACUCUAAUGAGAACUCCAACCAGAACUCUAAUGAGAACUCUAAUGAGAACUCCAACCAGAACUCUAAUGAGAACUCUAAUGAGAACUCUAAUGAGAACUCCAACCAGAACUCUAAUGAGAACUCUAAUGAGAACUCUAAUGAGAACUCCAACCAGAACUCUAAUGAGAACUCUAAUGAGAACUCCAACCAGAACUCUAAUGAGAACUCCAACCAGAACUCUAAUGAGAACUCUCACCAGAACUCUAACGAGAACUCUAAUGAGAACUCUAAUGAGAACUCUCACCAGAACUCUAACGAGAACUCUAAUGAGAACUCUAAUGAGAACUCUAACCAGAACUCUAAUGAGAACUCUAACCAGAACUCUAACGAGAACUCUAAUGAGAACUCUAAUGAGAACUCUCACCAGAACUCUAACGAGAACUCUAAUGAGAACUCUAAUGAGAACUCUAACCAGAACUCUAAUGAGAACUCUAACCAGAACUCUAACGAGAACUCUAAUGAGAACUCUAAUGAGAACUCUAAUGAGAACUCUAACCAGAACUCUAAUGAGAACUCUAAUGAGAACUCUAACCAGAACUCUAAUGAGAACUCUAAUGAGAACUCUAAUGAGAACUCUAACCAGAACUCUAAUGAGAACUCUAAUGAGAACUCUAAUGAGAACUCCAACCAGAACUCUAAUGAGAACUCUAAUGAGAACUCCAACCAGAACUCUAAUGAGAACUCCAACCAGAACUCUAAUGAGAACUCUAAUGAGAACUCUAAUGAGAACUCUAACUAGAACUCUAAUGAGAACUCUAAUGAGAACUCUGAAUCAGAGUCAGAAAUGUUUUUACCAAGAAGGAUGUAACACCGGCGAGGUCUUGGUCUCGAUGAAUAAGGUUCAUGCAUUGAAGACAAUAAACAAUAAACAAACAGUGACUAUUAUAUAAAGAUUAUAGAAUAAACAAUAUAAACAAACAGAGACACCAGUGUGGGUGAUGCACUAAGACAGAAAAGCUGCACAUGGGACAUGGAACAGGGACGUUGAACUGGGGGGAAAGUGGGCUGAUUACCCUUGAAAGGCCUAAAAUAAAAAUGUUGUUUUUGCUUUAUUUUUUAUUUCUAAGUGAUAAGUGUCAUGACUAACUAAUCACAACAAUCAUACAGCCUCAUGUAUGUAAAUCCAAAGCCACCAGCUGUGAGUCUGCAUGCAGGGCGACAGUGAGCAGUAACCAAGUAGCUGUCAUGUUGUUCUUCUCACAAAUAUUGAAUGAUAGUCAAAAAUAUCAUUAAAAUGCAUAGUUUUAUAUAAAACGGCAUCAAGUAUUUUUGCUGUCUUAUACAAAGGCCCAAUUAGAUUUCUGAUCCCUGGCGGCGCCCCUGUACAUGAAUGACGACAGAGAUAAAAAUAAAAGAUUGAAAAGAAUUAUACAACAUUUGUCCAGAUUCUGCAAAGGUUCAGGAUUCCAGAACACGUCCUCCUUUUGCAAGCUUAGCUGCCUGAGUUUGGCUGUGAACCAGGGUUUGUUAUAACUCACCCUGGUGCAUGAUGGGAUACAGCAGUCUUCACAGAAGCUGAUGUAUGACAUCACAGCCUCUGUAUACUCAUCCAGACUGUUGGUGGCGGUCCUGAAAGCAUCCCAGUCUGUUCAGUCCGAACACGCCUGCAGGUUCCCCACAGCUUCACUGGUCCGCUGCUUUGACGUCCUCACAACAGGUUAGCUGAGCGUUAGUUUCUGCCUGUGUGAGGGAAUCAGGUGAUUGUCAACCAUGAUGUGGUCAGAGAGGCCCAGCACAGUGCAGGAGAUGGUGUGAUGGCCCCAGAACUCUGGCCAUGACCAAACUCUAGUCAUGAGUAGCAGAGUUUGUCUGUUUUCCAGUGAUUUUAGUUGCACAUAUAUUUAGAAGAUGUUAUGAUUCCUCUUUCAGACGUUCACAAGAUGAAUGGUGAUAAAUAAACCAGUAAUUUAUGUUAACUGGUUGUCUGAACAACCACUGUGACAGAUGAUGGCAGUAAAAAUGUUGUACAUUCAUCUUCCCCAGAGGAUGAAUCUUCAUGAUUUUAGUGACUUAUUAUCUCGCGCCACCAGUAGGUUUAUAUUGAUGGACCAGAACAAAAUGUCCCAUCCUGUUGGCAACAUGAAUCACAACAUGCACAGUUCUGGUGCAGAACCAUCUCUGCCCGUAAACAACUUAGCAUAUUGAAAUGAACCUUCAACACAAAUUACUGCCUCAGUUAUGUAUUUGCUGUGUAAAAAACCCUUUUUUUGCUGAAAUGUAUUUUUGUACAGUUUGAAGUGUUUUCACUGCGUGUUCAAGGUGUUUUUUCAAUCGUUUAUAUUAUAUACAUAACUUUUAUUCCAUCAGGUAAUCUGUUUUCCAGCACAGAGCCCAGUACAGCAGAAACAAAGACAAACAAACUUGACCAGACAUAAUAAAAGUACCUGCAGCAGCAGAGAUAAUCACUGAGUAUUCUUAAGGUUUGGAAUGAGAGAUACUUCAGGUUUAAAGAGGUGGCAGCCGCCUGUCCAGACUCCUGUUAUUAUAUUUAGAGUUCAGCAGAGUCGAGAUCUGCUCAGGUGACCAGAGAGCCGCGACGUGACUCUGAGGCUUCUGACACUUUCAUAGAUUAAAGACAGAAUAUAGUGGCGUUCUUGUUACAGGGAUCAGUGAGAAAUGUAAUUAAAGAAACACAAUGAAACUGAAGUCAGUAAUGAAGAAAAUAUCAAGAAGCACACUCAGAAACUUCUGCUCAGAUUUCAUAAUGAGCUCCUGAACGAGUUGUUUUAAUAUUUCUGUUUUCUUGUUGUUGUUUUCAUUGUUUGCUUUAGUUUCAUCCAUAUAUACUUUACAUUCACUCAGUGUGUUUUCAUCUUCUGUUUAUUCUGAUGAUUAUUUUACUGCUCAUACUCCAAGAUUAUAUAAUCCUUCAUUUUGUGUCAUUUGAUUGUUUUCACAUUCAGAUAUUUUGGACUUUUUAUCUGAUGUUUUUCUUGUAAAGCGGCACAUCGACAGCUUCUAAUGAGCAUCG